UUCAAAAUUAGUUUUUAGACAAUAUCCUUUGGAGACUUUUUGCCAAAAUUUUAUUUUAAAAUUGAAUAAAAAUUUUGGAACUCCUUGGAAUUGUCAGAAUUUGUAUAUGAAGUCAUGUUUCUUAUAGGAAGAAACGUUAAAACUUUAAUACAGUCAUUGCAACCAACUGUAAAGAUUGCAUAUUAUAAUACCAAAUGUCCGCGACAAAAAGCUAAGGAAGAAAAAGAGGAAGCAAUUAAGUCUAAUACCAGUCCUUUCAUAACGAUAAUAAGUCCGAUGGGGUGCUGUGCGUCAUUUUAUGAACAUUGGCCGAGACUUGAUAUCGUUCAUCAUAAAGCUAUAUAUCAUACGCCAAGAAGACCUAUUCAACAAACGUGGGCAGUAUGUGGACGAAAACCAAAACCGCAUAAAAAUAUUUGUGCACAUGACGAAAUAUAUUAUCCACCCAAGUAUAAACGUGAAUGCAGGGAACGUAGAGUAGACUUAGCUUGUGAACAAAAUAGAGCAAAUUUUAUGUCUUGUAAAAGGGGAAAUAAGAUCAAUCACAAAUGCCUUAAAAUCUCUUCACCUGGUUGUUGUAGUUCCAGAAAACCACCGAAAUGUACUAGAGGUCUACCACCAAGUAAUUGUGGAAAGGUUCAAUGUCCUUUUCCCAGUUUUUCUGAAUGUUCCUUAAAGACAAAACCAAAUAGAAAGAAGUAUGCUGAAUGCGGUUGUGUUUACAUAAAUCCCUCUUGCCAAAUUAAUAAAUAUAAGAAAUAAGACACAAAACCCGUGAUAGUUCUAAUAUAAAAAGGCAACUAAACUUGCUCAACAGGUGACAAGGAGUGUCUAACAUUCGAAAUGAUGACAAUCUUUACGAUGAACGCUGUCUGUAUCAAAUUCUUUUCUAUUUAUUGAAACUUUUUCGAAUGUAAAUCAAUGACUGUGUUAAGUAACGCCUAAGGAUGAUUGUUCUUACUUGUAUAUAAUGUAUGACAAAUAGGAAAAAAUUGUAAAGUCAAUAAGUUUCACUUAUAGAUUUCAAUUUUUGAAACACUAAGUGCUAAGAACCAGCACUAAAAGUUCCAAAAUUUUUAUUUUUA